UGUGAGAAGACCUUUUUCUGCUACUGUACAGGAAAACUUAAAUGACUCAAAUCAAAAAUAAAAUUCUGUUUCCUAAUCUUAACCGAAAUCCAGAAGAUGAAUUUCCAAAGCAACGUGUACCCGACUAUCUCAUUUCUAAGGUCGAAAAGCUCAUACAACUUCAUGGCGAUUUAGAGCUCUUCGUUGACUGGAAAACGGAAGCUAGCGUGACUGCCAGUCAGCUGAUCGAAGAUGCUUACAAAAUCGCUUCACAGUUUAAAAGAAGAGCCUAUCAUCCUGGAGAUGUGAUUUCGUGCUUAAUCCACAGCGAUGUCCACUAUUUUAGCUUCCUUUUGGCGACAUGGAUGUCAGGCUGUGUGUUGUCAUCUUUACAACAUUCUUUCUCACAAGAGCUGUUGAUUAAGCUGAUACGAUCUAGCCAUAGCCGCUUAUUGCUGUGCGAUGUGGAAAGUGCGGAAAGGUGCCGAGCUAUUAAAACUGAAUGUCCGGAAUUAGAAGAAGUCUUCGUCCUAGGCCAGUUCGAGGGCUGUACUCCUUUCAAUCGUCUUCUCGACGAUGAGGCGUUUCCUCGUGGUAAGAUAGCAAUCAACUCCACAAUUUUAAACGUUAAAUUUGUCUAACAACAAUGUCAUUUGUCAGAUGAAUUUGAAAGAUCCGAGCCCUACGACCCAGACGAAACGUUAUCGAUGGUAUUCUCAAGUGGAACAACAGGGGAACCAAAAGGAAUUCUAUUAACUCAGCAGAACAUCUAUAGUUAUCUACUGACAGCUCGACCAAAGGCUAACAGACCCGGUAUGAGAACUCUCUUCGUUCCGAGGAUAGGUAACGUCAUGGGCCUCGUUUUCGGUCUUAGAGAUGUGCUCAUCUACAGCAAAACGUAUUUGAUGCCAACCUACAAAGACGAAUGGUUAUUUGACGCCAUCGAACAAAUCAAGCCGGAACGCGCUUUGCUUUAUUUUCCUCACAUAUUGGCAAUAACUAAACAUCCGAAAUCAGAAACGAGCAACUUGUCCAGCAUGGAGGCCGUCUUUACUGCUGGAAUGUCAAUUAGCAAAAACUUGCAAAGAAAACUAUUUUUGAAACUACCUUCGCUGAAGACCUUCUUUAUGUUUUACGGCAUGACGGAAUUCGCCAUUGGCACAAUGCGUCCAUUCUACGAUUACGAGGAAAACGAUCAUCGCCUUGAAGAGUUAAGCAAAAACCAUGUGUUGAAACCAGAUUCAGUUGGGCACCUCUGCCCAAUGAAUCUAAUGAAGGUGGUGGACGAAAACACUGGGGAAAUACUGGGACCAAACCAAAAGGGUGAAUUAUGCUUCAAAGGUCCUUCGUUAUUUAAAGGAUAUUGGAAUAAUCCAGAGGCAACAUCAGAUAUCGUAAAAGAUGGUUGGAUCCACACAGGUGAUGUUGGCUAUUACGAUGACGACGGAGACGUAUUUUAUGUCCAGAGAAGCAAGGAGCUGAUCAAAUACCUUGGUCACCAUGUGAUUCCAUCCCAGCUAGAAGCGAUCCUGAAAUCGCAUCCGGCAGUCGAGGACGCUGCUGUUGUGGGAAUCAAAAGCGAAGACUAUGGUGAAUUACCAAUGGCUUAUGCAAUGAAAAAGCCAGGUCACGAUAAAUUGGAUGCUAGAAGACUAGUAAACUUUUUGACACGAUCACGUUCACGACGAAUCUUUGCUGCGAGGAGGACUCGCGUUCAUCGAUGAGAUUCCUAGAAACGUCAUGGGCAAAAUAGUUCGUCACCAACUGCGGGAUCGAGCGGAAUCUGAGGCUCGGAAACCUUCAUCCUUUCGCUAGAUAAAGUAGAUUUUUUUUUUUUUUUUUGUUGACGGAUCGAUUAAAAACCACGACGUAAGGCACUUAAAGU